GGCUAGGGGACAGACAGGGGUGGCUGCAUACCCUCGCUCUUUUUGUGAAAGACGGGAUCUUUGCCUUUGCCUGCCAGCACUAGAUGCAAGUGGCCACACGUCGCAUGGGGUGUGAACACAGGCCAAAGGUCUGCAAAACCUUUUCGCUGGCGGGGACCAGCGAAAUCUUUCUGAUCUUUUCAGUCGACGGGACUUCAAGCAGCGAAAAACAGUGUUGCCACUUGCAUGCCGGUAGCUGAGGACGGAACUUCCGGCCGUUACCUUCCAACUUCCCCUCCUCCCCCCUUCCUUGCAUGCCCUCCGUGACUCUCCAGCAAGGGAGAGUCGUAUUCACUGUUUGACUAACGGCUAGUGAUGGCUCUGUGCAGAUAAGACGCUGUCGAUGAUAAAGCUUCGAGAACAAGAAGCGAUGAAACGCCGGCUCCAUCUCACCCCUCGCGGCAAGAGUGUAACAGACAGGGUGGGGCGCCUCCGUCGGGUGGAUGAUACUGGGCUGGGCCUAGAUUUUGGGCGAUAGUGAGAAGUUAUACACGCGGUCAGUGAGUGGUCAGUGAGCAUGACAAUCAGUGCACGACGACAAGUCAUCCCCUCCCCCUCGUGCCCCCAUCGCGGAGGAUAGGAGGAGGAAAACUAUAGAAGCGCGACGAAGCUCAGUGGCCGGCCGUCCAGCCAGACUUUCACGGCCAAGGCACAAGAAGAAUGGACAGUCGUUUGCUCCAGUGUCGUCCGUGAUAUGUUUUUGUCGGAACUGCACGAUUCAGCUGAGUGCUUCCAGAAAAUAGUUUGCAUCCUCGGACAUUCUUCUGUCUCCUGUGAAGUGUGAGAACACCGAGCAGCGGGGAUAAUCUCAUCAUCAACGUAUUCACGUUCACUCGGGCGCAUCUAUAAAUGUACCUCCGUCUGUUCCAGGGAGAUACCUCGUUCUGUUCUGCAUUUUGUGUGUCUGUGUGAUCAUAAACAGGAUGCAGACCUGCAAACGGCAAGGUGUGCAAAGGGGAGUAACUCAGGAGCACAUAAUGGAUGAAACGCGGGAUUUUUUGUUUUGGUCAUGAAUUAUUUUUUCCCCUCGAUGUUCGCAAGGUAAAUACUGAAGAAGAAAAGAUUUGAAUAACUAAGCCUACAAGCUGCAACAAAGCCUGGUUAUAAAACAUCCUUCACCAUUGCAUAGAAUAAUGGUGGGCUGUGAGCAGGAGCAGACUUGAUGUGAUUACCGCCUCACUUCGGACAUUUGUGUGGACAAGCAAUUGUAGUCUGACAGAUGAACUUCAGUCUGACAGCUGCACAGCAUUCUGGUGGCCUGAUUGUUUCUCCGCCAGGCUGACCCGUGCGCCACCAGGAAGCCGCAGCAUCACACCUUGGUCCCGCCCACUGGCCGCAAACCGCACGAGAAAGAAAAAAAAAAUCUCAUUCUCAAACGAACACUUUUCGGACAAGUGCGAAGACUGCACUCCGGGGCCACUCAGGGUAACCGAACCAUCCUGCCCGUCCCAACCCCACCUACAUCUCCCCCCUCACCCCCCGACCGUCUGCGGAGUCAUUCAGAACAACCACCUCAUCUGUCCGUAUCCCCCCAACUCCCACCGACCCUCUCUCCCUGGUGGAGUGGAUCAAAUGGAUGCUGUUUCUUCUGCCGACCGUUAGCAGGGACAGGGCACGACAGCAUCUGCUGCCGACUACUGCGGUCGUCGUUGGUGAUUUAGGUGUCGUUACAGUUUUACCGCUGAUAUCUGUGGUCUUGGUUCUCCAGCCAUGUGGAUACUUGUGAUGCUGGUCGUCAUGGCAGGCGUGGCUGUGGAGUGUCGAGCGACUAAAGACGACCACGUGGUCGUGGACCUUCGUUACGGCGUGGUGACCGGCUACAGCCCCUACAUCUCCUUCGUGCGCACGCCCACACCGCCAGGUGGCGCCACGUCAGCGCAGGCGGCGGGUCAGCGGUGCUCCAGUCAGGCUGUCCUCAAGGUAGUCGUCACGGACCCCAACAAGGGGAUGACCCUGGUGCUGGACUAUGGCGAGUCGCCCCGCCUGUGGACGCUGGUCAUCUCGGACUCCCUCGCCCGUGACGACAGCAACAGCAGCGCCACCUACUACACAGCCGAAGCUCACAUACACAACCGGCAGCUCCGUGUCUAUGGCAACAGCUUCCCUGGUCACUCGGAUUCCUCCGUCGGAGGGCGCCACCUUCAUGCACGUCACUGACGACGUGGUCAAGAAAGGCUCGCGGCUGCAGGUGGACGUCAGCGCGGAGCGUGUGGAGGUGCUGACGCCGCGCGGGGUGGCGCUGCAGGAGAUGGAGUCGCCGUUCCUACUCAACGUCAGCGGACGUCAACCGCAGGCCGAGGGUGCGGGGGGCCACGACCUGUAUGUCGGCCUCAACAGGGGGGUGAACUCCCAUCAACCCUCCGGAAGCGGCCUGUGCCAAGUGGAGAUCUCCCUGUACGAGUUUGCCAAGGACUGUGAGCGGGGGACACACAACUGCCACAAGGACGCGGAAUGCCUCACCUCGCGCAAGACCUACAGGUGCAAAUGCAAGGACGGUUUCUAUGGCGACGGCAAGAUUUGCGUGGAUGACGACGAGUGUAAGUUUGAGAAUGGCGGGUGCGCACACACGUGCCACAACACCCCGGGUAAUUUCACCUGCUCGUGCUACCCUGGCUUUGUUCUCACCAACGACGGCUUGGACUGCAUCGAUCUGAACGAGUGCCUAGAGAACCGGGGUGGAUGCAGCCAGCAGUGCGUCAACACGGUGGGCAGCUACCUGUGUCGCUGUGACGCCGGCUAUUCCCUCCACGAGGACGGACGCACGUGCGUCAGCGGUACCUGGUGUCAUACGAAGCUCGGGUGCGACCAUCACUGCACCUCCACCUCCUCCCGCAAUCCCCAGUGCACGUGUCGAACCGGGUACCAGCUGGCACCUGACGGCAAAACGUGCAUCCAAACGUGCAGUAUUGGGAACGGCGGGUGUCAGCACGUGUGCAAGGACACGCCCACCGGCACCCAGUGUAGCUGCGCACCCAAGUACAUCCUUGCCAGCGACAGGGUGGCCUGCAUCGCAUCGUGUGCUGUGAAGAAUGGCGGGUGUGAGAAGAAAUGUCGAGACACACCCACGGGCCCCGUGUGCUCCUGUCCGGCGGGCUACCAGCUGCACCAGGACGGGAGGAGUUGCCUGGAUAUCGACGAGUGUCAGAAGGACAAGGGCGGGUGCAGCCACCAGUGUGUCAACAACCACGGCAGUUAUGAGUGUGUCUGUCCUUCGGGCCACAAGGUUGGGCUGGACCAGAGCACCUGCACAGACAUUGACGAGUGCGCAGUGAAAGAUUCGUGUGACCACGAGUGCACCAACCUACCUGGCUCCUACCUGUGCACGUGCAAACCUGGCUACCAGCAGUACGGCCUGACACACUGUGCAGACAUAGACGAGUGCUCCGUGCAGAAUGGAGGCUGUCAACACAACUGCACCAACACGGAGGGUAGCUACAGGUGCAGCUGUGCCCCCAACUACAAGCUGCACCCCAACGGCAGGGACUGUGUGGACGCUGACCAAUGCCUGCCCCUCCGGGAGGUGCCCAUGUCGGUCCUGCAGUGCUCUCCCCCUGACCCCCGCCGGAAACAACAACGAUGCACCCUGCGCUGCCAGCCCAAAGCCAGAUUUACCUCCCUUCCCGGAAAUGAGGUGGUGCUGACGUGCAGCUCUGCCAGCAACUACCAGUGGAGGGUGGAAGGUGCGAACACGUCCAUUCCUGCUUGUUCUGAGAAAGAGGCCGCGAUGAGCUACAAGCGACGAGCGCGACUGGCUUUCAUCGUCAAGCGAUGUGAGGUUCGCAACUCCAGCGUGGAGGAGCUCAAGACGAGUCUGGCAGCGACACUGGAAGGUCAGAAGAAGUACAGGUGUGAGAACAGCUGUCAGGUCAACUACGUCAACAUCACCUGUGGGACGCAAGUCAGCAAGCUGAAACGCCUGGUGCGUGGCACACCUGACGAGCUGGUGACGGCUGAGGUGGAGAUCCAGAUGAACUCGCACCAGCCCACAGGCAAGUGCGGAGCUAACUGCAUGGCGGCCAGGACACUCAAGCGGUUCAAGAGGUCCUUCAAGAAACUGAAGAAAGGCAUCCGUCAGAACAAGUUCGAGAUCAAGUUCGAAGCUCGGCAGUACAAGGUGCUCAGAAAAAGCUUCAACCCUGACAAGAAAGUGGAGGAGGCGUGUGAGGCUGGCUUCAUUCUUGUCAACAAGACCUGCGUGGCCUGCAGUGCUGGGACCUUCUAUGACGCGGCCAGCGGUACCUGCAGCCCCUGCCCGGCGGGUAGCUAUCAGAACAAGGAGGGAAAGCUGAACUGCAAGUCAUGUGACCAGGACUACAUCACAGGCCCACCUGGCGCCAGCAGCAGGAAGCAGUGCACAGAUCUGUGUGCCCCUGGCUAUUACUCCGCCAACGGCUCGGUGCCCUGUGUGCCCUGCCCCGCGGGCACGUUUCAGCCCCAGGCCGGCCGGACAUCGUGCACGCCGUGCGGACCUCAGCUGACCACGUCACGUGCUGCCGCCUCCUCCUUCGCCCACUGCCGUGCCAAGGAGCGCUGCCCCGCCGGCCAUUUUUACGAGGUGUCGGAGGGAGUGUGCAAGGUGUGUCCGGUCGGCACCUACCAGACGGACAGCGAACAAAACUUCUGCGUGGCCUGCCCCGGCACCACCACCACAGACAACACAGCCUCCACCAGCCCCGAGGACUGCAAAGACCGCACGUGCGGCAAGUUUGAUGGCGAGUACUUCGGUGUCAUCCAGUCACCCAACUACCCGGGUAACUACCCGAAUAAUGUCAACUGCGUGUGGACCAUCAAACCAGAGAAGAAUCGUCGAAUCCUCAUCAUCGUGCCGGACAUCGCCCUCAGCGACGACUCCAAAUGCGGGGAUGUGCUCGUCAUGAGAAAAUCCAAGUCGCCCUAUAGUCGGGUCACCUUCGAGACGUGUGGCAGCCUGACCACGCCCACCGCCUUCACUGCUCGCUCCUCCAAGCUGUGGAUACAGUUCAGAUCCGACGGCAACAACACCGCCGGCGGCUUCUCCAUCCCCUUCGUCACCUACAACGAAGAGUAUCAAUCCUUGAUCGAAGACAUUGUGAAGGAUGGACGGCUGUACAGUUCUUACCAGCAUCAGCAGAUCUUUAAGGAUCGUCUGCUGCUGCACGCGCUGCUGGAGGUGAUCGCCACGCCCUACAACUACCUCAAGUACGCCAACGUCUCGCGCUCCAUGUUCCCUCACUCCUUCUUCAAGCUGCUGACACCCAAGGUGCGUCGCUUCUUCUACUCCUGAUGACGCUCCUUCCGCUUACGUCACCAGUCAGCUGGGCUGACGCUUGUGACUGCAGUGAACCGGACGUGACGUCAGCGAGAGACAUCGCACGUGCAUGCGCGCCACAUGUUCUGGGAGAAGGGAUGGGAUUAUUAUUCCUUGGCACGGUGAACAAUUCCUCGUGUCGCGCCGACAAACAGCAGUUUGUGUGUACGUACGUACGUGUGUGUGUGUGUGUGUGUGUGCGAACUCUGUGGACCACGUGAUCGUGCUUGUAGCGCCGAGCAGCCAGACAUCCGCUCACAGACGGAGAACUUCUGGACUAACAUAGACUGUCUGUCGGCGGUAGUGCCAGUCCGACAUGUUUCAUCAAGCUGGAGCCAGGAACGCGGCCACCAGAGAUGGCAGUCACUGCGCAUCAACUGACCUUUGACCCCUUCUAACAGUCUUUGUCACCGCAUCGCCCUUUUCAUCGGUCGUCGCUACUGACGGGAGACGAGAACAAGCACGUGCGUUUCACGACGACGUGAGUCGGACCAUGACCACUUGCAAAGUACUUGAGGAUAAUACGCGAAGCCGUGGUGUAAACAGAGAGGACAACAAUAAACAAAGACACAAGCCACAAACAUAUAAACAAACAAACUAACAGACAAUUUUGUGUGUACUACGGCUGGGCUGUAAUUGCUUUGAGUGUGUAGGGAAGAGCGCAUUAGCUGUGUGUUCAUUGGCUGGACGUUUCUGUGCUUCGUAUUCAUUGGCUGGAUGUUUCGUAAGCCGCAUGUUCAUUGGCUGAACGUUUCUGUACUGUUUACAUGAGCGCCAAAGUUAUGCCAUAAAAACUGUUUACUGAACCGUACCCCACCCCACCCUGCGCCCACCUCCUCUUUGCCCCAGGGGCUGGGGACCAGGAGUGAAUCGUGGCUCCGGGUACGCAUUCAGGGUUUAAACUGUAUUUUUGUUUUUUUUAUUUAUGCUUUUUGGACAGGAGAAGUUGGUAAAUAUCAUCACGUACUGACCACAACAGUGCACAAGCAGUCAGAAAACAGAAGUAUUUGUGCUACAAAAGUGUGGCGGGUGGGCUGGUGACGGGUAGGGUGGGUGUGUGAUCAGCGAUGGGGUAUCACACGACGACAUAGCAUGCUCUGUCCACAGGCCUCUGAUGACCACCCGUCUGUCACGUGCUCCAUCCAGCAUCAGGUACAACUAUGAUGUUUGUUUCCAUGUCAGCAGACAACAUCACACGAGAGUCUUAGUCUCAGCGUUGUUGGCCGCUUAAAGUCGCCUUCACACAGCGCGACAAUCGCUUGACGCGAUGGGUGAGAAGCAGUCUACACCGUUAGCAAGACUUGGGGGAAACUUGCGAGAGAUUUGCCCUGUAAUUUGUUGUGAGGCUUUAGCGAAGCAAAGGUCGGGCAACAAGAGCUAACUAUAUUUAAUUAGACCAGGGGAGAGACGACCAUUUUGGUGGUUUUUGUUUAUUUUUAUUGUGGGUUUUUUGUUUAUUGUUAUUGUUGGUGGAUGCCUCACUUUGUUUGUGUUUUGUUGUUAUUAAUUGUAGCAGAUGGUUGUUCUUGAUCCGGACUUUGACUUUUCUGAUUAUUUGCUAGUUGUUGCAGCAGCUACCACCUCGUGAUGCAGCCUGUCUGUCGUCGUUGUUGUUGUUGCUGCUGUUGUGUGUCCUGCCUGCGACUGGAGCGCCCUCUCGUACAAAUGUGACCGUGUCAUGUGACAAAGUAGUUAUCUGAUUUUUCUUUCGCGUGAUAAGUUGGAAUUUUUUUGUGUCACAAAAACAAUUUUUAUUGGGCACUUUUUUAAAUUUUUUUUUUUAAAUUUUUUUUUUUUACCGAACUAUGUUUAGUUUCGAAAGUCACGUGAGAACUCUUCUGUCUAUUGCGCGGCGUGCACACGGCCCCAAACCAAAGUUUAUGCAGAAUUCACGGCGACCGUCUCCCUCAGACCAGGCUCAGAGAUUUUCACAUACAGACGCACCAACACACACACACCAUGUCAGGCGAGGCAUCAAGUGCACGUCACACAACAACGCACGCACGCGCACUCACUUCGAAACUGAGAUAGGAACUCGCGACAUUUGACUGUCGCUGUCAUGCGCCACCAACCGCCUGGUUUAUCACAUUAACACCUGACAUGUUUACCACGAAUACAA